AAUGAUUUUUUCUCCCCCAAACUUCAUGCACAGAUUUCUUAUCUUCAGCUGAGUAUCACCUGGUGCAUUUUUCUAGCCUCACAUCAAGAAAAGUUUAAGGCACCAUUUGAGGUGAAGAAAGAAGACCAUGAAUGUUGGUGACUCCAAAAGAAAAGUGGCCCUUAUCUCUGGGAUAGCAGGCCAGGAUGGAUCAUAUCUUGCUGAGCUCCUGCUUAGCAAAGGUUAUGAAGUUCAUGGAAUCCUAAGGAGAUCAAGCUCCUUCAAUACAGGACGAAUUCAUCAUCUCUAUGGUGAUGCAGUAACUCACAAGGAAGGUUUCAUGAAGCUCCAUUAUGGGGACCUAACUGAUGGGAGCUGUCUUGCAAGUAUUAUAUCUCAAACCCAGCCAGAUGAGGUCUAUAAUCUUGGAGCACAGAGCCAUGUCAAGGUGUCAUUUGAAAUGGGAGAGUAUACUGCCAAUGUUGAUGCUCUGGGGGCCUUGAGGUUGCUGGAUGCCAUCAAAUCAUGUAGCCUGGAAAAAAAAGUGCACUUCUAUCAAGCAUCGACUUCUGAACUCUUUGGAAAAGUGCAAGAGGUCCCACAGCGAGAAACUACCCCAUUUUAUCCUCGUUCACCAUAUGGAGUGUCAAAGUUGUUUGCUCACUGGAUCGUGAUCAACUACAGAGAGGCAUAUGGUAUGUUUGCUUGCAAUGGGAUUUUAUUCAACCAUGAAAGUCCAAGGAGAGGAGAGACAUUUGUCACACGCAAGAUCACUCGAUCUGUGGCAAAAAUUGCUCUUGGACAAAUGCAAAGCUUUGCUCUGGGCAAUUUGAAUGCCCAAAGAGAUUGGGGUCAUGCCAAAGACUAUGUCCAGGCAAUGUGGAUGAUGCUUCAACAAGAUGAACCAGAUGACUAUGUGAUAGCUACAGGAGAAGCACAUAGUGUCAGGGAAUUUGUUGAAGAAGCUUUUAGAUUCAUCGGAAAGGAAAUCAUAUGGAAAGGAGAAGGUAUCGAUGAAAUUGGCAUUGAGAAGGAUUCAGAAAUUGUGAGAGUCACAGUAGAUUCAAAGUUCUAUCGACCAACAGAAGUGGACUUCCUCCUUGGAGAUGCAUCAAAGGCUAGAGAGAAGUUCAACUGGAAACCAUCUAGAACUUUCAAAGACCUGGUGGCAGACAUGAUGACUCAUGAUUUUGAGAUGAUGAAAAAGGACCCAACUGCAUGAUGUUCUGCUAGGGGGGAAGUCAAUAACUGCACCACAGUUACUCAGAUUUUGUUCAUGGAGCACAGAACAUGGUGGAAUCAACCAUAUCUUUGGGCAUUGGAGGAAUAUGUUGGCUGUGAUCUGAUAAUUAUUCUUUUUUCACCAUUCCUCGCGGUUUCAAGGUCUCAUUUAUCUAACCUGUGAUUUUGUAUCCCUUUGAAUUUGUGACUUUUGGUCAUUCUGAUAUGAACUAUUUUAUUCCAAAGGCAUGGGC